AUGGAGGACCCAGUGGUGUGCGCAGAUGGGCACUCCUACGAGAAGGACUUCAUACAGAAGUGGCUGGCGAUGGGGAAGCGCUCCAGCCCGAAGACCAACAUGAGCCUGCCGCACACCACGCUGAUCCCAAAUGUCAACCUGCGCAACAUCAUCGAGUCAAUCAGGGUCCGGAUGCCAGCCAUCCAGUCCGAGCAGAUCAAGAGCAUCAAAGAAAUGCAAGACUUGGAGGCCAUCGUAAGGUCCUUGAUGGAGGACCAAGGCAAACUUGCAGUGACCUGCAUUGACCCGACGCGCUCGCCUGAAGCUUCGCCGGCCGCCUACAGCUCCUCGCCCAACGCGCCGAAUGCACCGAACAUGCCCAGGCUGCCGCCGCCGGACCGCGCUAGCAUGGAAGAGCCGAUUCCGGUCCUCCUGAGCCUGUUGCGCCACGAGUCGCGUGAUGUCUGUGAGCGGGCGCUGGGGGUUAUCGACGCCCUGGUGGCUUCGGACCCCCGGCACAGGGAUGCGGUUUGGCAUCAUGGCGGCAUUCCCCUCAUUGUGAGCCUGCUGAGAAGCGACUCCUCAGAGCAGCUGCAGCAUGCCAGCACGCUGCUGCGCACGCUCGCGAGUAGUCAGGCAGAAGCCCAGAUGGCCAUCACGUGGGCUGGGGCGAUCCCUCUUCUGGUUGAACACCUAGAUCACGACUUCAGCAAGGUCCGCGUGGAGUCUGCGAAGGCUUUGUGGAGUCUGGCGCAAGGCAAUGUGGACAAUGAGACAUCCAUUGUGGAGCAAGGAGGCAUCAAGCGUCUUGUCACGCUUCUGUCCGGAGGUGCUGCCGACGCGCGUGACUCUGUGCUACACUUGCUCCUAAAUCUGGCAUCGCACGACAUAGUGCAUCAGGACAACAUCACCCGGGCAGGGGCCAUCCCUGCUCUGACGGACCUGCUGAACGAUGGCGGCCUCCGUCAGCUGGCCGCGGCGGUCCUGAAAUCCUUGGCGCAAAACCAUGAGGACAACCAGUCUGCUAUUGGUGCGACAAGCGGCACCAUUCAGAAGCUGAUUCAGCUCCUCGCGGAUGAGUCAGCUGCCAUGCGCGAGUCGGCUGCGGGUGUAUUGCACGUCCUUGUGGCAGGUGGCCACAGUAAGAAUGUCACAGCGGUUUCCCGAAGCGGGGGCAUUCGGCCAUGCAUGGAGCUACUCAAGGACGAAAACCCUGGAGCAAGGGAGGAUGCCGCGGGGGUCCUGGCCGCCCUGGCCAAGAACGCCGACAACCGCGUUCACAUGGCAGACCUGGGUGCAAUCCCGCUGCUCAUCGAGCUUGUGGAAGACCCGGCCGGAACAGCAGCAGCUGCACGAAAGUAUGCCGCCACGGCACUGGGUGAGCUGGCGGUGCGAAACUCCAAAAACAAGGAGACCAUCGGCAAGACUGGUGGCAUCCAGGCGCUAGUUGAGCUGCUAAAGGAUGGUGACCAUCAAGCACGUGGAAGAUCAGCAUCUGCGCUGUCGGAGCUUUGUCAGCUCAGCGACCACAACAAGGUGACGGUGGUUGGUGCAGGUGCCAUACCAUUACUGGUCGAGCUGCUGCGGGAAGAGUCGACAAAGAAGCCGGCGAAAGCAGUGCUCGCAAGCCUCGCGGGCGAGUUGGAGGCCAACAAGAAGGCGAUCCAGGAAGCGGCAUCAGCAGCAAAGGUUGACUUGCUAGUGCCAGCCAAAGAGUUGUCCAAGGCUGCACAAAGUCGGCACGCCGCCAUUCCCCUGAAGCUGACGGAAUCUCUAACGCGGGCAGGCUUGGGAGCCACGUGUCCAGCUCUCAAGAUGAGGGUGGGCCAACCCAGGCUGAUGCCUCGGGUCCUAGGGCAGCAAUGGACUUCCACGAGUUUCUGGUGUGGGCACGGCGGCUGGAAGUGCAGGAGGGGAGGGAGGGUGGCGGGAAGUUUUGACCGGGUGGACAAAGCCCACGACUGCCUCGUGUCCGAAGGCAUGGCCCGCACAGACAGGUGCUUGGUAUUCAGUGGGAAGCUGUCGCAGGUGUUGGCGGAUGGCGGCAUGCAACCGGGGCAGCUGCUCAGCUUCGACGAUGCUGUCCGGGUGCUUCGGACAAUGCGUAGCACCGGCAACCAGACCAAGCAGGAGGUGAAAGAGUUGGAGGAGGUCUUCAGGUUAUUCGACACAGAUGAGUCUGGCAAGAUGGAUGUCACAGAGAUGGUGGAUGUGUUGAUGUACCUUGGCUACAGCAGCACGUUGGAGACAACGGUGGAGAUGAUGCGCCGUAGUGAUGUUGAUGGUAACGACGAGCUGGACACACGGGAGUUUCUGGCGUGCAUGCGCCAGCACGAGAUCAUGCAGUCCUGGGCUUUGAAGUCUGCGUUUGGCCAAGCAAGCGACGGUGGCACUUGCAACCACCUCGAGUUGGCCACGAUUUUGCUGUCGCUGGAGCUCUUCCCUGGCCAAGCCAAGCUCAACCAGAUGCUGAAAGAUCAGGAGAUGGAUGACUUGGAGGAGUUCGACUUCCGCCAGGUGUGCGAGCUCGCCAAGCUUUGCCGCCAAGCUGUUGCCAAGGCCAACCGACAACGCGCCUGCUUCCCGCAGAAGCACGUGCAGACCCUGGAGCGGCUCUUCAAGGAGUAUGCUCCCUCUGGAACGAUGGACAGGGGAGGGCUGAUCUGCUGCCUCUCUAUCCUGGAUCUGCCGAUGAACACCAUGCAGGAGCGGGAAGACGUCUUAUCGCAGCUGGAUGCUGCAAGGUAUGCGGCGCAAGCCUUUGGAGUUGAGGAGGUGAGUUUCUCUGACAGCCACAUGCUGACUUUCUACAAGCUGCUGCAUUUGUUGCGGCUGGUGUGUGUCCGCCAUCGGCGGGCUGUGAUGGAGAGGGAGUUGGCAGCCUUGACUGCAGCAGGCAUCGCUCAGACGGAGGUCAUCGAGUUCCGUGAGGUCUUCCACAAGUUGGCCAUGGAGAAGGCAUGCAAUACCGAUGCCGGCGCGGCAUCUGUACAGAAGGCGGGCAAGCGUUAG